AUGGCUAACCCAUGCAUGGCUUCAUUUACUUCUGAGGGAAGGAGACAGCUUGAAGUCCAUUCAGAUUGGACAGGUUUGCAGCCCUCGCCUGUCUUCAAAGUUGAUGAGAUUUGCGAGUUUCCCACUCACCUGCCAUUUGUCCACGCAGUGCAAAACACCCCCCCAUCGCCACUAUCGACCAUCUCCUCUUACGAGUCCCCAGAAUCUCUGGCUGUCGCCAGUCCAACAAUGACUGUCCAAACAGUUGACCAGUUUUCACCAGGGUCUAGUGAGGACGACAGAGAAGAUCAACCUGGACCAACUCCGUAUUCCCACUUAAUUUUCCGGGCCCUAAAGGAAGCCAAAGACAACAAGCUCCCUCUCCAGGGGAUCUACAACUGGUUCGAGAGGAACACGGACAAGGCCAAGAGCUCGGGUUCCAAAGGAUGGCAAAACAGUAUUCGGCAUAAUCUGUCCAUGAAUGCAGGAUUUGAAGCCGUCAAGGAAGAAUUGGGCCCGGGCAAAAAGGCAGUGAACUUUUGGCGCCUGACACCUGAGGCGAUUCGCCAUGGUCAAGUCCAAUCAACCACUCGAUACCGCAAGCAAGCGAGUGCACGAAAGGUCCUGGGUGCAAAUGCUCGUGCCGUUCAGCGCCAGCGCACAGAGAUCAAGGGUGGUAAUUCCUUGAAGGCAGUGAAAACACGCCAUCCCAAUACCAGUUGUGACGAGCCCAAUGAAAUCUAUCAUCGCCAGCCAAUGAUCCUGUCUUCUUGCCCUGUGGAUGAUCAUUACCCUCGCCCGGACCCUCAAAUGAUGCCACACUACAUCUCACCCGCCCUCGCCCCGCCUAUCGACAAUGCAUUGCAGAGAUACGGUAUGGACUCUGUGAUCGGCUGUACAAACCUGCCACCAGCCCACAAUGGGUCAUUCUAUGAUUCCAUGCGUGCUACGCUGGACAAUGAGUCGUUUGCACCGAGACCAGCGGCACAUGCAGGCUGGUAUGCAUCGCCGUCGGAUCACAAUAUUGCGAUGAUGACAGGAUCCGAUGCUCCAGUCGAUCUCCACCACUGUGUGUAG